GCAUUGUGGUCUAGAUCCGCCCACUCGUACAGAUUUUGAAGUGUUUCUUGUCUUGUCAUUCAAGGAUUUAAAACCCGUUUUACAUGUUGUUUAGUGGUUACGUGUCAUAUAGAUACAUGGUCAGUUCUAGGUGUUUCUUGACGCUUUGAAGAAACAAGUUGGCAAAGGAUUUAUUAACUUUUUGAGCACCACUAUAACCUCAAUCUCCCAGGACUUGAUGCUCGCUGCCAUCCUGAUCUCUUUAACCCAUUGAUGACCCCAUCUCGUACUGGGCCAAGAUGAAAGCUCUGAUCCUAGUUGGUGGCUAUGGGACUAGACUAAGACCUUUAACCCUCAGUGUCCCUAAACCACUGGUGGAGUUUGCUAACAAACCCAUCCUUCUGCAUCAAGUUGAAGCCCUGGUCAAGGCUGGAGUUAACCAUGUGAUCCUGGCUGUCAGUUACAUGUCCGAUCUGUUGGAGCGAGAGAUGAGGGUUCAGGAAGAGAGGCUUGGUAUUAGAAUCUCCCUGUCACAUGAGAAGGAACCGCUUGGAACAGCCGGUCCUCUUGCUCUGGCCAGAGAGCUGCUAACGGACAACGACGAGCCAUUCUUCGUCCUCAACAGUGACGUAAUCUGUGACUUCCCCUUCGAGGACAUGUUAAAGUUCCACAAGCACCACGGCAGAGAGGGAACCAUUGUGGUGACGAAGGUAGAGGAGCCGUCGAAGUAUGGCGUGGUGAUGUACGAGGUAGAGAGCGGACGUAUCCACCGAUUCGUGGAGAAGCCCCAGGUGUUCGUCUCCAACAAGAUCAACGCAGGGAUGUAUGUCUUUAGCCCAACCAUGCUCAAGAGGAUCGAGCUCAGACCCACCUCUAUUGAGAAAGAGAUCUUCCCGUUCAUGGCUGAGGAGAACCAUCUCUACGCAAUGGAGCUACAAGGGUUCUGGAUGGACAUUGGUCAGCCUAAGGACUUCCUGACAGGGAUGUGUAUGUACCUGCAGUCUGUACGACAACACACACCUGACAGACUGAAGACUGGGCCUGGGUUCCUGGGUAACGUACUGGUGGAUCCUACAGCCCAGAUAGGGGAGAAUUGCACCAUCGGGCCCAACGUGACCAUCGGGGCGGGGGUGGUGCUGGAGGACGGGGUCAGGAUAAAAAGGUGUACGAUACUGAAGGGGUCAAGGGUCAGAUCACACUCUUGGCUCGAGUCCUGCAUCGUAGGGUGGAGCUCCUCCGUAGGACAGUGGGUGCGUAUGGAGAAUGUGACAGUCCUCGGGGAGGAUGUUAUUGUGAACGAUGAGCUCUACCUCAACGGUGCCAACGUGCUUCCACACAAGUCCAUCACCGACUCCGUGCCUGAACCACGCAUCAUCAUGUAGUUCUAGAACGAAUGAAGGCAGAAACAGACUAGUACCCAGGCUAGGGUACCCAGUCUAGAGUCUGGGUAGUGGGGGCUUACAUUUUAAACCAAGGACAACUAGCUAGCUACGGCCUGGUCUAGAAUCAAUUCCUAGCUCCUCCACCCAAGACUCUCUUAAAUAGAUCUGAAUCAAUUCCUAGCUUCUCCACCCUAGACUCUCUUAAAUAGAUCUGAAAGUUGGUUAGUUGAGGUACAUGCAGUAUGAUAGUAGCAUCACCUUGCCUUCUGGUGGGUUAGGGGGUGUUUUUAAACACGUCUCUUUUGCAAAAUACAUUUUUGUGUUUCAAUGAGACAAACCUGUAUAAAUAAAGGAUACAUUUCUGCCAUAUUGCUGACCCCGAUUCAAUCCUCUUAUAUGUAUGUAUAUGAUUCUAGUCUGGUCCGGUUGGUUAGGGGUGAUUCUGGUCUGGGUUGGGUUGAUUCUGGUCCGGUUGGUUAGGGGUGAUUCUGGUCUGGCUGGUUAGUGGGUGAUUCUGGUCUGGCUGUUUUAGGGGUUGAUUCUGGUCUGGCUGUUUUAGGGGUUGAUUCUGGUCUGGCUGGUUAGCGGUUUAUUCUGGUCUGGCUGGUUAGGGGUGAUUSUGGUCUGGCUGUUUUAGGGGUUGAUUCUGGUCUGGUUGGUUAGGGGAGAUUCUGGUCUGGCUGUUUUAGGGGUUGAUUCUGGUCUGGCUGGUUAGCGGUGAUUCUGGUCUGGCUGUUUUAGGGGGUGAUUCUGGUCUGGCUGGUUAGGGGAGAUUCUGGUCUGGCUGUUUUAGGGGUUGAUUCUGGUCUGGCUGUUUUAGGGGUUGAUUCUGGUCUGGCUGGGUUGGGUUGAGUCUGGUCUGGCUGUUUUAGGGGUGAUUCUGGUCUGGCUGAUUUAGGGGUGAUUCUGGUCUG